AUGCGAUUCUUCUCGCUCCUACCACCAGCGCUCCUCGCAGCAACCGCCUACGCCAACUCAGACCCCUCACCCCCAUCCUCCACACCCGCCGCCGACGAGCCCACGCCCAUAGGCGCCCUCUGGACCGCCCAAUGGGACGCCACAACCCUGCAACCCUACACCCAACACUGUCACUCCAAAAACACCUACAACGCCAGAAUCUACAAGCUCAACGAACUCUACCCGGACCUAAAAGACGCUGCCCCCCAACUAAAAGUCUUCUACAACAAGCAACUUUACGCCGGGUCCUGGGGCGGCAUCGACGUGCACGGCACCGGCCGCGAACUCAUACAGAUGAACAUGGCCGAUAUGCCGUAUAAAUGUGCAGGAUGA